GAUAACGGGCCGCGGCAAGUGGUAGUGGAGUACAGCGGAUCAUCAUGUCGGACGCCGAAGAUGAUUUUAUGUGUGAUGACGAGGAGGAGUACGACCUGGAAUACUCUGAGGACAGCAACAGUGAACCAGACGUUGACCUUGAAAACCAGUACUACAAUAGCAAGGCCUUGAAAGAGGAUGAUCCCCGGGCAGCCCUCACCUCUUUCCAGCGUGUCCUGGACCUGGAGGCUGGAGACAAAGGAGAAUGGGGCUUCAAGGCUCUCAAGCAGAUGAUCAAGAUAAAUUUCCGAUUGGGGAACUAUGAGGAGAUGAUGUCAAGGUAUAAGCAUCUACUCACCUACAUAAAAUCUGCUGUGACUCGUAAUUACAGUGAGAAGUCAAUAAACUCCAUAUUGGAUUACAUCUCCACAUCAAAGAAUAUGGAACUUCUACAAGAUUUUUACGAGACAACACUAGAAGCUCUGAAGGAUGCAAAAAAUGACCGUUUGUGGUUCAAAACAAACACCAAGUUAGGCAAGCUGUAUUUUGACCGGGAGGACUAUACUAGACUCUCCAAGAUCUUAAAACAGCUCCAUCAGUCAUGUCAGACUGAUGAAGGUGAAGAUGACUUGAAAAAAGGAACCCAACUUCUAGAGAUCUAUGCUCUGGAAAUUCAAAUGUACACAGCACAGAAGAAUAACAAAAAAUUGAAAGCCUUAUAUGAACAGUCACUUCACAUAAAGUCUGCUAUUCCUCAUCCUCUUAUUAUGGGAGUUAUAAGAGAAUGUGGAGGAAAAAUGCAUCUUCGUGAAGGAGAAUUUGAGAAAGCUCACACUGAUUUCUUUGAGGCUUUCAAGAACUAUGAUGAAUCUGGCAGCCCACGGCGAACUACAUGUUUGAAGUAUCUUGUUUUAGCAAACAUGUUAAUGAAAUCAGGUAUCAAUCCAUUUGACUCUCAAGAAGCAAAACCCUACAAGAAUGAUCCAGAAAUUUUAGCAAUGACCAACCUUGUGGCAGCAUACCAAAAUGAUGACAUUAAUGAGUUUGAAACCAUCCUGAAGCAAAACCGAACAAAUAUAAUGGAUGAUCCAUUUAUACGAGAACACAUUGAAGAUCUCCUCAGGAAUAUUCGCACACAGGUCCUCAUAAAAUUGAUUAAACCAUAUACAAGAAUACACAUACCAUUCAUCUCGAAUGAACUUAACAUUGAUGCAACUGAUGUAGAAGCCUUGCUUGUACAAUGCAUCUUAGAUAAUACAAUUGAUGGACGGAUUGACCAGGUAAAUCAGGUGCUGGAAUUGACGCGAGGAGCAGAGGGAGCUGCCCGGUAUACAGCACUGGAUCGGUGGACCAAUCAGCUCCAAUACUUGCAGUCUGUGAUUGUCACCAAAAUGAACUAAUUUGUGACAGUCUGUGAUUGUCACCAAAUAGAAUUAAUUAUAUGGCAGGUUAUGAGUAGAUUACUACGUAUGGACACUAUGGAAAUGUGAAAUUUUAUUGCCUCAAAAUUGGAAAUAAUCUUGUUGGCUGAUAAGCUCAUGUUGAUAUAUUAAUUUUGGGAAAUAUCAAGAACAGAUUUGUUAAAAUUUCAUGGAAUUUUCUUAUGUUUGCCUUAUAUAAACUUUUUUAAAGUGAAAAUUUGUUACAUUAAAAUUGAAAACCUCUUACAGUAUAUGAGCACUAUUCUAUUGUGAUAAUAUAACAAUGUUUCACAGUAAAGAAAACAGUGAGACAAAAAAA